AUGGCGAUCAACUUGCGUCAGGUUCAGGCUGUGCGGGCUCUACUUCGCUGUGGCGCCAGCAUGAAAGUCAGGAAUCUGAAAGGCGAUACGCCGCUUCGCCAGGCAGAACAUGGAAUAGUCUUUCGCUACAGAGACGGAACAUGCAUUGAAUGGCAUGGAGUUCCUCUGGAUCCUAAGAUAAGAGCACAGGAUGAGAUGAUGGAAGUCUUGAAUGAAGCUGGAGACGGGCUUGACUUGACAAAUGAAAAGAAUAAAGGCAAGGCACCACGGCAGCUGCUAGAGAAAACGCGAAACAAGUGGCACCAGGAAGAGCAGGAACGGUUGAAACGUGUAUCUCAGCCAAAGAGAUGA